AUGUCGAAUUCACCAGAAAACGGACCUGCCACCAGCGGUCAUAAACGUCCUCGAAGCGAUGAUGCCGAUGGAGACGACGCCGUACCUCAACAGGACAUUCCCGACAAUGCCAGCGUUCCCAAGCCAAAGCGACUGGCCUGUAUGAUAUGUCGGAAACGCAAGCUCAAGUGUGAUGGUGUGCGACCCAGUUGUAGUACCUGUUCACGUCUCGGUCAUACUUGCGCCUACGAUGAACAGCGGAGAAAGAGCGGCCCUAAGCGUGGCUACGUGAAGGCCCUCGAGGAGCGACUGAAACAAGUCGAAACGCUGUUGAAAACCCAGGAACCUCCCCAAAAUAUUCCCAAGUCCGCCAAUGUUUCCAUGUCUGGUCCUCCUCAAACGGCAUCUCCCGCAAACCUUAACAUUUCGAAUGCGCCGAUACAUCUAACGGGAGACCACAAUAUGGAUCAACAGUGGAACUUUACUGAUAAGUCGCCACAGCAAGGUGUUAUGGAAGAUUUCAACUUCAAUGCCAGUAUGGAUAUGGGCAUGAAUAACGUUGGGGGAACCUUCACAUGGGAAAUGAUUGGCCUAGGCCUCGAGGAACCUCUGCCACCACAAGACACAAUCGAUGAGCUUCACCAGAUCUACUUUGAAAAGGUUCACCCGUCUAUCCCGAUGAUCCACAAGUAUCGUUAUCUCGCCGCUAUGAACCUCGCCCCGAAUCAGAGGCCGCCUGUUUGUCUGCGAUAUGCUAUGUGGACUCUCGCGUGUACCAUUACAGACAAGUAUGCGGAUUUGAAAGACCUCUUUUAUAGGAGAGCGCGAAAGUAUGUUGAAGCGGACUACAUCAAGGGCUACGGAGAGCACAUGAUCUCUAUUGCUCACUGUCAAACACACACGCUCUUGGCCUCAUAUGAGAUGAAGAUGAUGUACUUUCCUCGAGCUUGGAUCAACACGGGUUCUGCUAUCCGUCUUGCUCAAAUAUUAGACGGGACGGGUCUCGACGUAAAGCAAUGCCUCGCACCUCCCAAAGACUGGACAGAACGAGAGGAACGACGCCGAACAUUUUGGAUGGCCUUCUGCCAAGACCGUUAUGCCAGCAUUGGCACAGGGUGGCCCAUGACGAUUGAUGAGCGCGAUAUUAUGACAAAUUUGCCAGCCUCAGAAGAUGCAUACAACAUGAGUAGGCCUGAGCAGACACAGUCUUUGUCCGAGUGCACCAGCCCGAUGGGUGCGGGUAAGCUCUCUUCGUUUGGCGGCAUCGUACUCAUGGCAUGUCUGUUUGGCAGAAACCUGGUACAUCUGCACCGUCCUGAUACUGACGAUCUUGAUCAUGACCUUAAUGGUCCGUUUUGGAAGCGACACAGACAGAUGGACAAUAUAUUGCUCAACACAUCCCUCUGCCUCCCACCACAACUCAAGCUUCCUACUGGUCUAUCUAAUCCUAAUAUCGUUUUUACGAACAUGAGCAUACACACGUCAACCAUCUGCUUACACCAGGCAGCCAUCUUCAAGGCCGAGAAAAACAAACUGCCAGCUUCAGUCAGUGCUGAGAGCAAAGUACGAUGCAUCACAGCUGCCAACGAGAUCGCUAGCAUCAUGCGCAUGAUUUCUCACAUGGAUCUUUCAACAGACAAAACAGGUUCUUUUUUGUCGGUGCGGAGGCUAACAUGCUACAAGGUCAACCCGUUCAUAUCAUUCUGUCUAUAUGUAUCUGCGCGAGUAUUUGUGCAAUACCUUAAGAGCCGCCCAGACGAUAGUCAAACAGCUGACUCAUUACGAUUCCUACUCUCAGCGAUGAAUGCGCUGAAGCGGCGAAAUCCGCUGACGGAGUCCUUCCUUGUCCAGCUAGAUGUCGACCUGGAAGCCCUUGCAUUAAGAAUUCCUAAGCUCAAGACUGCUUUCCCACGCAACCACGACAGCGUAUGUAAACACGAACUUAAUUACCCUUAUUUUAAUGCUAACGUGACCCAGCCUGGCACAACAGGAGCACCCAGAGGCGCUAAAUGUGACAACCCUGAAGGGUUCCAGGGCAUAGCGGCGUACCGUAACGAAUGCAAUUACAUGAAUCCCUCCGAGAACGACAUGAAUCAGCCAGGACCACCCGAUAUGCUCGAGCCUAGCAACGACAUGACAGGUAUGCCUGCUACAGGCGAUGGGAACUUUGGAACACAGACGUGGAUGUCAACAGAGCAACAAAUACCAGCAAUUCUUACACCUAGUUCGGCAGCCACUUUUGAGAAGACUGGGUCUGGAAGUCGAGCUGUUUCAGGCUUUGGGGACAUGGCAGGUGAUAGCCAGGAGACUUCAGGGUCCCCAGACGCGAUGCAAUCAAACCGACCGACACCGAACUCAAGCACAGGGUCCGAUCAGCGGAAUCAUCUGGCCCCUGGACAGAUGAAUAGAUCAGGGGCCAACUCGUUUAACACAAGUCCUAUGUCGCCGAAUCAGACCUUAUUGAACCCAGGUGUACUUGAUGGAAGCACGCCUGGCUUCUUUGCUGACACAUCUGGUUUCGCUAUCCCGCCAGGCCUGGAUCAGAGCGGAGGGUUCAGCAUGCCGGAUGGGUGGGCGGACAUGCACGGACAGACAGGCGUUCCCCAAGUGGGCGAAGGUGUUUUGAGAGCAUUGAUGAAUAUGGGAUCUAUGGAUGCGAUGGAUUUAGGAACGUGGGAAUCGAGGGACAGCUGA